AUGUCCGUCGAACAGCUCCCAGAUGACCACUUCCGUCCCACGUACGAGGACAUCCACGUGCAGAUCGGUGAGGCAGCUCGCCGGAUCAAGACCGAGUUCGACCCGGAUCUCAUGGUGGCCAUCGGUGGCGGUGGCUUCUACCCCGCUCGUGUGCUGCGAACGUUCCUCAAGAAGCCGUCGGCACUCGACCCUUCCAAAAUGCGCAACAUCCCUAUCCAGGCAAUCGGCUUGAGUCUGUAUGAGGAGGUCUCCGGUACCUCGGAGGGACAGAUCGGCAACGAGGUGGUGCGCACGCAGUGGCUCGACGCAAAGACGGUCAGCGGCCACAAGGGACCGGGCAAGAUCGAGGAGGGUAAAGAUGCCGGCGGACUGCUCGGCAAGAGUGUCCUGAUUGUCGAUGAGGUCGACGACUCGAGGACUACGCUGCAGUACGCCUACUCGGAGCUGCUCAAGGAUGUCAAUCACGCCAUCGCCAACCUGUCGCCCGAAGAGCGCCAGAACCUCGCGCCCACGCGCUUCGCCAUCUUUGUCGUACACAACAAGGAGAAGGCCGGCGGCAAGCGUGGAACCCUGCCCAUCCUGCCCAAGGACCUUGCCAAGGGUGAGGACAAGAUCGUCGACGGCCUCAGCGAGGGCGUGCGAUACUACUCGACUCAGGACAUCGCCGAUGUUUGGAUCUGCUACCCAUGGGAGGAAGAGGACAUCGUCGAGCACAACCGCCUCGCUGCUCUCGCCAAGAAGCUCGGUGUCAACCAGCCCAACUAA